AUGGCCGAAACCAGCAUCUUCGUAACCGCCCUCGUCUUAGGAGCUGUACUCCUUGGGACAGCGAGGCUUCUCAUCUCGAAGAGGAAGCCGAAACUCCCGCUACCGCCUGGCCCCAAGGGUUGGCCCAUUGUGGGCAAUCUGAAUGAUCUGCCUCCUCCAGGUGUCCGGGAGUGGGAACACUGGUUGAAGCACAAGGAUCUAUAUGGUCCCAUCAGCUCUGUCUCAUUGCUGGGGACCACUAUUGUGAUCCUGAACUCAGCUCAAGCCACUGGCGAACUCCUAGAGAAACGUUCCCCGAUCUACUCCUCGCGGCCGCAAUCUGUCUUUGGUGGUGACAUGUGUGGUUGGAAUCAGACCACCGGUCCCCUAGCCUACGGCGACAGGCUGCGCAACCAUCGGAAGUCGAUGCAUUCAGUCCUCGGGACCAGGGCAUCUCUCUCGCGGUUCCUGCCGUUACAAGAGAUAGAGGUGCACCGGUUCUUAUUCCGCGUUCUUGAGACGCCGUCAGACCUCAUCAAACAUGUUAGAACCGAAGCGGGUGCGAUUAUCUUGAAAAUAGCCUACGGCUACACAGUCGAGACGCACAGGGAGGACCCGCUGGUCGAUACCGCUGAUAGAGCUAUAAGGCAAUUCUCGGAGGCGGUGGUACCAGGAGCGUGGCUCGUGGAUUCGAUUCCAGCUCUACGGUAUCUACCGGAUUGGAUGCCCGGAACCGGUUUCAAGACUACAGCAAAAGAGUGGCGAGCAACGCUGGAGCAAUUCGCCGAGAAGCCGAUGCGGUUUGUCCGGAAGCAGUUGUCUGGAGGGCAUUAUGAACCAUCCUACGUCUCCUCACUCUACGACAAACCUAGUGGCGACGCAGGGACCCGAGACGAGUAUACGAUUAAAUGGACCGCCGCAACGUUGUACGCAGGCGGAGCUGAUACAUCGGUGAGCACGAUGUCUUCAUUCUUCCUAGCCAUGACGCUUCACCCAGAAGUACAAAUUCGUGCGCAAGGGGAGAUCGAUCGGGUCAUCGGAACGGACCGUCUCCCGAACUUCGAUGACCGCAAUCGCCUACCGUACAUUGAGGCGGUUGUCAAAGAGACGUUUCGCUGGCAUCCGAUCGCGCCGAUGGGACUGCCCCAUGUUACUACCGCAGACGACACAUACGAGGGGUACCUUAUACCUAAAGGAGCCUUAUUCAUUCAGAAUAUCUGGUGGUUUACUCACGACCCCGAUGUAUACUCCCACCCAACGACCUUUGACCCUGAGAGAUUCCUGGGAUCUGAACCAGCCCCUGACCCAUUCAACUUUGUCUUUGGGUUUGGGCGCAGAAUCUGUCCCGGCAAGUUGCUUGCAGACUCGUCCGUCUGGCUGACUGUGGCACGGUCUCUGGCUGUAUUCGACAUCACCAAAGGGUCGAAUGAUGCUGGUGAGAAAAUUGAACCAGUCGUAAGGUUUACGCCCGGAACCAUCAGCCAUCCGCUGCCGUUCAAGACAAACAUCAAGUCCAGGAGUGCAAAGCAUGAGAAGUUGAUACGCGAGGUGGAAACACUCCACCCUUGGGAGAAGAGUCAUGCAGAUGAGCUAGAGAGCAUUCAUAUGGAAACAUGA